CAGCGGUAUGAUGAUGAUGAUGAGCAAAGCUCAGUAUAGAGUCGGUAGUUAGAUCAGAUGACCGACUAUGGCUGAUCUUCAGGCGCAGGUAGCAUCAGACACUCUGCACUGUAAAUACCCCUCUCACCCUCGGGUAGAAUCCGGGGACGGUGAUAUUCUGAUGCAUGAUAUUGCUGAGUAUAUGUUAGCGUAAACCGGAUAUCCGGUUGUGUGCAGCGUUAAUCCGUGUGUACGUGGCGAUAACAACGAGGAGCUUUCGAAGAUGUCCUACAGAGAAAACUGGAAAGUCCAGCAUGAGAAACUGCACGUUAAGCACCGAGGUCAUGAGGCCAUGCACGCUGAGAUGGUCCUGAUCCUCAUCGCCACGCUGGUGGUCGCUCAGAUCGUCCUGGUCCAGUGGAAACACCGACACUGCAGAUCCUACACCUUAGUGACGCUCCUGCAGAUGUGGGUGGUGCCUCUGUAUUUUACCAUAAAGCUGUACUGGUGGCGUUUUUUGUCCACAUGGGGCAUGUUCUCCGUCAUCACCAGCUACGUGAUAUUCAGAGCCACACGUAAACCUCUGUCUGGCAGAACACCCAGGAUGGUGUAUAAAUGGUUCCUGCUGAUUUACAAGCUGAGCUACGCCGUCGGAGUUCUCGGUUACCUCGCCAUUAUGUUUACGCUGUUCGGGUUCAACGUUUUCUUUAGGAUCAGAGCGGAGGACUCGAUGGACGUGGGCGUGAUCAUGCUGUUCUACGGGCUGUACUACGGCGUGAUGGGACGAGACUUCGCUGAAAUCUGCUCCGACUACAUGGCGUCCACUAUCGGGUAUUAUAACAUGGGCGGAAUGCCGUCUCGGAGCCUGUGCCAUGAUAUCUGUGCGGUGUGUGGACAGAAGACGUUAGUGGACGUGGACGAGGAGGGGGUCGUCGAGGACACGUACCAGCUCUCCUGCAAUCACAUAUUUCACGAGUUCUGCAUUCGCGGCUGGUGCAUUGUGGGAAAGAAGCAGACGUGUCCGUACUGCAACGAGAAAGUCGACCUGAAACGAAUGAUGAACAACCCCUGGGAGAGGACACACGUCCUGUACGGCCAGCUGUUGGAUUGGCUCAGAUACCUGGUUGCUUGGCAACCGAUUAUUAUCGGCGUUGUGCACGGGAUAAAUUUUUCACUCGGUCUCGAGUAAAGUGUGAUUAAGCUCUUUAAACGGUCUGUAGCUGUUUACUGCUGAAUUAUUUAUUUACAAAUGAUAACUUAAUGUAGGACAUUUCUUCUGUAGCUUUUUAUUACGACACGGCAGCCUUGAGAAUCGCCUCAGACCUUAUCGUUUAUAAUAAUUCUCCGUACGCACCUUAUAAGUGGCCUUUAUUACUCCUCCUGGAGCGUAUUAUGGUCUGUUGUACACUCAUUACACCACAGCACUGUUCAAUCCUGGACUGUGAUUGGUCAGAACGUGUUGAUCACUUUUCUGUUACAGCAACUCUGACUGUAGCACAGGUUCAUAUUAACACGCUCGUUCUAAUACGUUAUCGUUUCCAUAGUAACUGCUCGUUCAGAGGGACGUCACAGGGCUUCAGUGAUAAUAAACGGAUUAAAACGUAUUGUGUGUAAUCGUCAAUGUGAAGUUUUCUAUAAGGAAGCGUUUAUUUAACAUUUAUGGAAGGAGUCUCCAGUGUCAGCACAUUGGAAAAAAAGAGAGCGAGAGAGUAAAGAGACUGAAUAAACAGAGAGGGUAAAGUGAGAGAGUGAAGAGUGAGAGAGAAUAAAGAGUGAGAGAAUAGAGACUGUGAGUAAAGAGAGAGAGUAAAGAGAGGGCUGGUGAGGGAAUUGUUUAUAGCUGCUAUAAAAUCAAUGAGAACAGGAACUGACUCGUUUCAGUGAUGGUCCUCAAGGUUAAACGCCACCAAGGUUAAACGUCCUCAAGGUUAUACGCCACUCCAUCGCUGAUUAAUUUCCUCUGACAGCACGGCUGUAAGUGUGGUGUUUUUGUAGCACAGAAUCAGGACCGGAUUUUUUUCUAGAUUUUGCUCUAAAAACAAUUCUGAGAAAUGUAAUUUUACUCCGUCGCUAAAUAAAAGCCAUAUCAGAGUUAAACUGUCGGUCUUUACGCACGUGCUUAUUUAUCAAGACUGUUUUUGAUCAUUAAAAUACUGUUUAUUUAAAUUGUGAUACGUGUGCAUGGUGUUAUGACGUCGUUUAGUAAUGGAGACGAAUGUUCCGUGGGAAUGUGAUCACACUUCACCGUGCUUCAUGUGACGCAGGGUUUGAGUUGCUUGGCGUGAACGUGACGUCACGAGUCGGAGAUGUCGCAGAUCUCCUCAGAGUGUCGUGGUUUGUCUUCUGUCGUUGUUAAGUGCGGAGGUUCAGAAGUGCGGAGGUUCAGAACCGCUCGCUGUGUGGCGGGACGCUGCUAGAUCUGCUGCUUGUACAGAAAAGCUCAGCUGUGGGGUGAAAGUAGACCAGCGGAGCCGAACGUGUCGUCGUUAUUGCAUCAGAAUGGUAUUUAUCUGUUAAAACGAGUUGCGUUUACACUUUAUGUUCGUGAUGUAGGUUCAGUAUGAGUUGUGUUUACACAUCACAGUAUUACACACAGGAACACUAAUGCCACUGUUUAUUACAGGACAUUCAUGUUUGUGUACUACUUCUGCUUUUAGUUGUGGCUUCUUUUGCUGUGAAAAUGUGUGUUCAUUCGAAAACCUGACUAAAAGAUAUCAGUGGAUUUAUCUGUACGAUUUUCAGGUUUAGAGAUGAUAUUAGACAUCAGGGUGGCGUGAGGCUCGUGUACGUUGCAUUCAUUCAAACAGCUUUUUAUUUUCAUUCGUUUUUCUUGGCCCAAACUAAAAUGGGACAUUUUGAAUUGACUUGCCUGUUCCCACCCACGAGUCAGCUCUCUUCUGUCGUACUUCAGCUAGGAAAGAACUAUCGACCCUCUUCCACAGACACGAGCUCACAGACAUCCACAAUUGGCUAGCAUGACUGUGAUUGACAGGGGGAGAGAGAGUAUGCCCCUCCCACCCAGAGACCGUUUUGCUCUCUUGACUCCUGGCUGCGGACGCACAUCUGUCUCGGUCAGGGUCGUUCAUUAAUGCGGUGUUUUCAACGUCUCCUUAGAAUUUUUUACAUUUUGAAAUGAAUGCAGUUUACACGGCAACACGGCGUAAUCUGUGUGAUGCUGUUUCACGUUAAAACAAUCUGUACUGCUGACAUUUGAAUGGAAUUGCAUUUAACACUCUGUUGUUAAUAAAAAAAUAUAUAAAUACUGA